AUGGUGCGCCGUUUUUUCACCCUCGUCGCGGGGGCUGUGGUCACCUGGGCUGCCUGCGACGAGAACAAUUGCGAAGACCUCACAGAACUGGUGCAGGCGAACGCAUUCGAUGUUUUCGCGGCUGUGGGCAUCAAGAACGCCCAGACGCCGAACGCCAAGGCCACGGUGACCAACUUGAAGCUUUGGACGCGAGAAUCGGAAUGCAAGAUCUUCGCGCUGUGGGAGUACGAAACAGGGCCGCCUCUAUCGGUGGCCUUGAACGUGGAAGGCGGGGCGCGCAGAGCGCUCUUCUCCAUUUGUCUGUCCUUUCGGCAUCCUGUGGCUUGUGCCGUUGUGGUUGGCCUCUCGCGCCAUGGCUUCAGCCGUCCGCCGGUGGCCUUACGGCCGGCGCUGCUCAGGUACAGCUUCCUUGCAGGGCGCGGGGUGAUGCAGGCCAAGAAGUCGAAGUCGUUGCUGGAGAAGCUGCGUGCCAAGUUGCCCAAGCCCCCCAGCAAGGAGGAGAACCGCACAGCGGCCGCAGAGCUGGGGGGCGGCAAGGGCCAGAACGCCGCAAAGGCGGCCAAACGCUUGGCCGCGGGUUUGAAGCAGCCGCUGGAGGUGGCGGUGGUUUAG